UAAACACAGGAGUUAAAUGAAUAUAAUCAGGGUGGCAUGCAGAGUUUGGAACUUCUAGAUCUAUUGUUUGACUGCCAGGAUGGCAUUCUUCGCCAUGAAUAUUCACCUGCUGAGUCCAUCUGGGCUGCCUCAGGGACAAAUAUCUCAACACAGGAGAAUGAAGCAUUUGUGUCUCCAUUACUGUUGCCAACUGACUCUCCCUUGGAUUCAAACCUUUGGUCACCAGCAGCCAGUGAUAGUGGAAUAUCUGAAGAUGCACACUCAGAUCACCAGAACAGUCCAUUCCAAUACCAGUUCGUAGACGCUUGUUAUGUGACAUCUAAUUUGAGAGACUUCCCAGAACCAGAUCUUUGUAUGAAUCUAGGAGAUCAUGCAGACAUAUGGACUGGGCUUAUUUGCAAUGAAAACAAUCCAAAAUCACAACCUCAGAUCUCAGACGUACCACUAACUGUAAAGGAUCUUUUGCUUUCCAGCAGCUUUGACAUGCAAGCCUCCACCCUACCACAAAAUGGUCAUAAUACUGGAACUUGUGGAGAAUUAGUGUUGACUGAAGAUGAAAGGAAACUUCUUUCAAAGGAAGGAGUAGUAUUGCCUACCCAGCUGCCACUGACAAAGCAUGAAGAACGUGUUCUUAAAAGAAUUCGUCGCAAAAUUCGGAAUAAACAGUCAGCUCAAGAAAGUAGAAAAAAGAAGAAGGAGUAUAUGGAUGGAUUGGAGAUGAGGAUGUCUGCUUGCGCAGCCCAAAACCAGGAACUUCAACGUAAGGUUCUGCAGCUGGAGAAACAUAAUAUGUCCCUCCUUGAACAACUACGGAAACUGCAGGCCUUGGUCUCCCAUUCUGCAGGAAAGGCAACUCAGACAAGCACCUGUGUAGCAGUCCUUUUGCUAUCCUUUUCCCUUCUCAUUUUCCCUACCAUGAACCAGUUUGCAAGAAACAAAAUACAAGAGGGCGAUGAUUUUCUUCCUGUCAGAGUCUUCUCCAGGUCCUUGCAUAACUCUGCCUACUCAAGAGUAUUUAAUUUUCCAUCUGAGAGUGAAGACAUGGCACACUGGGGUGAUCCAAAUAGCCAGACACAUAAUAAAGAAGUACAGUCGCGGAGAAAAUCACUGGAUGUGGAUUUGCCUAAUAGGAUACAGCAGUUUAUUGAAAAGGAUCCAAAAGGAACAAAUUAUACAAGAAUGUCAACUCAAGAAAAAAAAAUGCAAUUUGAAGAGAGCACUGCUAAGAUAUUGAGUGGGUCUGUGGGUGAUUAUGUAGCCCAACAAUUUAUAAUGCUUUGGAAAGAACCUUCUAAGCAAGAAGGGGUAGCCAAUGACUGUGGUAAGGUCAGAAAAAGCAAUGAAAGCAUUUGACCCAGUCUUGUGUUCAGGGUAUGGCUUAGCUUUAGUUUGAGGCCCCAUACACACGAGAGAAUCCAUCCGCUGAAAAAUCCCAGCAAAUGGGUUUCAGCGGAUAGAU